UUUUUUACGCGUUCACACCUGAAUCCUAAGUGGCUUAUCUUAUACUAUUGCGCCAUGCGAUAAGCAGCACUGACCCAGGAGGCAUGAAAUUACCGUGGAGUACAACUCGGAUUCAGUCAGAGCUCAUUUGUCAGGCAGUAAGCAGACGUUUGAUAGGGUGUGCGUGAAGUGCGUGAAGCGAGAGGGCGGGACAUGCUGACUGAACGCUGUUUGACUGGACGAUCUGUUCGUGCGUGCGUGCUGCUGAGUGCGCAGGAGACGAGGGGGAGGGUCAGUUUGCCAUGGAAGACUCCAUUGAAGUAAUCCUGCAAAACUAUAGCGGGGUCUUCCCUACCAACAGACCUCAUCCCAUCUUCUCAGCCUGCACAGGUGCUCUGCUUACAGGCCUGUACGGAUUAUGGAGCCUCUUCACCCUACCGGGCUUCCGCAAAAUCCCAUGGAGGCUCAAGAAGACAGCGGUGCCCUAUUUGCCCUCCAGUAAAGAUCAGACUGCGAACGUGAUGAAGCUGCUUGAGGGUAGAUCAGGUCGCUUGGCAGAUCUGGGAUCAGGAGAUGGAAGACUGGUAUUUGCAGCCUCUGCUGCUGGUUUCCAGUCCACAGGCUUUGAAAUAAACUCCAUUUUAGUGGCAUAUGCCAGGAGCAAGGCCUGCUGGACAGGAGUCCCCUCCAGACAGGCAGUCUUUGUUAAAAAAGAUUUCUGGAAGACCGAUUUGUCUUCAUACAAUAAUGUGACAGCGUUCCUUGCUCCGGGAGUGAUGGAGGUGCUCGGAGAGAAGCUGUUGAAAGAGCUUUCAGAUGACGCGCUUGUUAUCGCUUGUCGCUUUCCUUUCCCUAACUGGCCACAGCAGUCAUCCGCUGGCUUCGGACUUGAUCAGACCUUUGCUUACGACAUCAGCACUGUGCGCUCGUACCUUAGAAGCGAAGCAAAACCAGCAGUGCAAUAAAAUUACAGCACUUUCUAGAAUUGUAACUCAAAACAGCACUGUACCCUCCUGGGACUUUGUUCUUGGACAGUAAGUGCAAUAUAAUAUGAUAAGAAUCCCAGACAAAGAGAGCAUAAAUUGGUAGUCUGGCAGUUAUAAACACUGACCAGGAGAGAUCGUUCAAAGAAGUCUUUGAACAUGGAAGGACUCUGACUCGGCAGCAAAAUGUCAGGAUGAUUUCACCUGACGCGUGUACUAUUUUUUUUUUAAGUCUUUGCACUUUCAGAGCCAAUGGAGUUUAAGCCAUAAUGCUGAAGUCCUUGUUUUAAAUGUUAUCAUGCUUCACUAUAAAGAAUAUGUUUGUGACUGACUGCAUCUCUCCUCAAGAGCUUUCACACUGCAAGCCAUUUAUUUUCAGCAUCAGCACCAAUAAAUGUCCUUCACUGGGAUGCUGCAGGAGAGUCUGUGAAUAGUUUUGUUUCAUUUUGGUUUUGUGACACUGACAUUAAAUUCAAAUGCUGUGGUUUCUUGUGUGUGUGUGGCUUUUCUAAAAUAAAUGUCUGCGGCCACAGCUGGAGGUCAGGUUUAACAUUGGUUUGUUGGGUCUUUCAACACUGCACGUAGUUGUUAUGGCCCGCACAGCCACGCCAUAACUGCAAGUGGUAAUUUGAGCCCUUUGCAAUACAUGGGUGCAUGCACUUUGCCUGUUUGUUUACAGCGAUCUGAACAACAUGUGUUGGAAUAUUUCACUUUUAGGCAGAGAAGAGGUGAAGUUUUUGUGUCUUUCUGUUUUUGUUUCAAUUCAAUUCAGUUUUAUUUAUUUAGUUUUCACAACAACAGUCACCUCAGUAGUAUUAGAAAGAAAACCCAACAGUUGUGUGAAUUCUGAAUUUAACAAGGAGCCACUGAAGAGAAGACUGGAAUGGAUACACAUGAGGUUGGGUUAUUCAGCCUUGCACAUGGAUGAAUCUGGUCUUUCUACUGUCACAGGCAAAUGACUCUGAAAACAACAUUUUCUACAUCUAUCGAUACAACCGCUAACCAGCUGAGUGAAGUCCCACGUGUCACUGCUCAGCUGGCAUGCACUACAUUGAUAAACAUACUGCAGGUCCCACAGGUAUGUCUGAAACCCGCAUUUUAAUCUGAAUAGUGUCCAAAAUCUCCACCUGAGGGCGCUCGUGCUCCAACCUGACCUCGGUGCAGCAACCGGAUGGUGUGAGCCUGAAGAGAAUGCAAAUGAUUCUCUUCAGCAUAGUGGAUAUGUGCAAGUAUAUUUUCUUA